AAAAGCUUUUUUUCGAGUUUGAUCGUUAGAAUAAACAAAUCGAUGUAAUACAUCAACCGUCAAAAAAUAAAUAAAAAAAAAGUUUAAAGUUUAUUUAGAGAUCUUUAUUUUUAAAUAACAAAAUUUAAUGAUAAACUACAUGCAAAUUUUUUGUUCUUCACGUUCUUUGCCUAACCUCCAUCUCUCUUACUUGGCAGAAUUCGUUUGUUUACAUAUAUACUCCAUCAACGAAUAAGACGAUAGUGGUUGAUUCAUCAGGUUGAAGCAUUUAUAUAUGCUUACUUCGAAUUUGACAGUGUCGUGUACACUCGUACACGUCGUUAAAAAUGCAAGUAAUGAAUUACUAUCUGAAAAAUCUGAAAAAUUAAGUCGAUUAAAUUCAACACGAAAUUUGUUUACUGGAGCGGUAUAACCUCUAAGUAACAUGUUAUCUUCACACGUAAUCGUGUUCCUUGCCGGUUUGCUCGGUGUUAUAACAUGUAACAACGCUUACAAUGACUUCUUCGACGAGGAAUUAAUGUUGAAGCCUCUGCCAAGUAAUCACGUUUACGCCUAUUUUCAAUUCACCACGAUAUGGGAAACAGCGAAACGUGUGGAAACGCUUCAACAUUCGCAUCUCUUUCCAAGGGGAUUGGGUGAGAUCAUAAGCCGGCACAAUGUCGAUGAGUUACAUGUUACUUUAACAGAAGGACUGUGGAAUUAUCAGAAAUGGGGAUAUCCUUUUCAUGAUGCUGGUCCUGGUGCUGAAGUCACUGCCUGGUUUAAUAAAAAUGUGACAAAGUUUUUUUAUAGUGUAGAUGAGGGAUGGAAGGGUCUGACAAACGCCUUGGCUGGAUUACUCUGUGCCUCUUUAAACUUUGUUGAUGCAUCUAACAGUAUGUCACCAGAGUUUUCUUUUCGUCCUACCGGAGUCACAGAUGAACCAGUAAAUUCUAGUCACUUACGUUACUCGUCUUUACCAAGAGAGAUAGUUUGCACUGAGAAUCUAACACCAUUCAAGAAGCUGUUACCUUGUGACUCUAAGCGAGGUCUAGCGACGUUGCUGAAUUCUGCACAUAUUCAUAAUACAAAUUAUCACUCCAUUGGAAUACAUUUCCGGUCGAUAUGUCGCGAUAUAACUUGCACGAGAACGUCUCUGGAACUUCGACAGACUGUCUCAUUGAUAUACGACACAAUGGCAGACAUAAGUCAGGAUUGGUCGAUUCGAAAAUUCUUUGGGAUGGGCCUGAAAGGCGCGUGUCCACUCGCUACAUUGAGCAAUAUAUACGUUGAUAUAUCUAACAACAAUACGAAUCACGUGUACGAAUUAACGCCACCGCCGAGCGCGAAAAUCCUGAGCUUACGUGGAGGGCAGCAGAACAAAAUAGCGGUGUACGACAUCCGGACACACUCCAGUAAAGGAAUGUUUAAUGUAGCCGCUGUACAUAGCACACCAAGAAUAAACUCUAUAAACUACCCCUCGAUUUUGUUCGCCAAUAGGUAUAUUAUAGGAUACGGCCAAGAGAGAGGCAGUUUGGUAACAAAGUUAUAUAACAAUUACUGGCAGACACUAGAUGUAAUCUUAUUGGAGAAUAUUCCAUGGUAUUUGUUAGUUUACUUACAUUCUAUCACGAUAACCCGAAAUGAUCAACAGAUUUUCCCAUUGGCACAGCGUUAUCUACCAGGGAAGGAAAGAAAGAGUCCGUACUAUUUGGAAUUAAUAUUGCGUCUGCCACCGCACUCAGUUACAAAGGUCUCCAUCGACAUGGAUUACUUGUUUCUCAAAUGGCAGGAAUAUCCGCCGGACGCUAAUCACGGCUUUUACAUGGAACCGGCGGUAGUAACGGCAUUAUUACCCAUAGCCAGAAACUAUACCGCUCUGCCGCUCGAUGGAAGUACAAUUACUUCGAGUUUCAACGCCUCGAGGGACAACUAUCUGGUACAAUUACGAACAGAGUCCUUGCUCAUCAGUCUUCCGACUCCCGACUUCAGUAUGCCGUAUAAUGUUAUAUGUCUAGCGUGCACGGCCGUCGCGCUGGCGUUCGGUCCGCUUCACAACAUUUCCACAAAGAGAUUGGUCUUGAAGCCUAUCGAGAAGGACUGGAAAGGUAAACUAUUUUCGUUCUUUGUAGGGAAGAUAUUCAAAGCGAAGAAAAAACAGGAUUGAAGAAUGUAAAUAAAUAUAUAUAUACACACAUACACACAAAACACAUACGUAUAUGUCUGUAUGUAUAUAUUAUAAAUUACGUGAACUGUACUUCUCGUCCAGAUGACUAAUAUAUGUAUUUACAUACUUCCGCUAUAAGGCUCUAUAGCAGUUUUAACAAACGAAUAUAAGAACUUUUCCUUUAUGCAACUUUUUAUAAUUACGAAAGGUGUGGAAUUCUCUUCUUUCUUGUAAUAACAAAUAUAUGUCUGUAUAAACUGAAUUGCUUUGCUUAA